AUGGACUACCUCUUCGACCACCCCCGCCCCGUCCCCGCCGCCCUCUCCCCCGUCAGCGACAGCGCGGACGACGGCGCAGUACUCCUCUCGCAGGGUCUGUGGGACGCGUUGAAUUUGGCUGGCGCGCAAGAGGGCAGAGCGGCCGUGUCUAUAUCGCGGGUCGCCCCUCGUCCGACUGCAAGUGCGGGGAAGGCGUCGCCUAUUGCGUCUCUGGUAGCAUGGGCACGGCUCGACGCGAACCAGGACUCUGGUGUCGUCGUACCCAAGCAAUGGCUCCAGCAGUACCGCGCCUUCGUUCAGGGGGACAUCAGCUCGCAGUCGAAGGAAGCAACUCAUCAUCUCAUUGCUGUCCAGCCCGUUGUGCUCUCGGAGAUAAUACUCACAGCACACUCACACGAUGCAUACACCCUAGCUCUGGCUCAUCGCGCAGCCUUCGAGGCACACUUCUUUGACACGCAGCGAACACUGCGGCAGGACGAGGUGUACACCCUUCAUGCACGCGACCUCGACAUCUCUGGUGGCGACGGUGAUGGCUUUCCCUCGUCUGGGCACCACUACCGACUAGUCAUGGCUGGUCCCGUCCUGCAGGGUUACGCCAAAAGGGGAGUUACUCGGUUCUAUGUCACGCUGGCUCCGGAACCUGCGCCGACCUCGAACGGGCAUUCUGCACAUACCCUCGAUGAUUUACAGGAAAUCCCGUCCGACGAGGAUGAAUUCCAGGAGUCCGAGGAUGGCUUUGAGAUCAACGAGGCUUUCUUGGCUGGUUCUGUGUUGCACUCUAUGCCUGCUAAUGGAACCCCUCCGGACGAGGCCGACGCACUCGAUGGCCCUCCUGAUAGUAGUAUCGAUAGAGCUCGUAUUCACUCUGCUGGGUACACACGUGUUGCAGAACAGCUUGCUUCACCGAGGUCAUCAGUGGAAGACGACUGCACGGUCUACAUCUCGACUGCCGACCUCAGCCACGUCGGCGUGCUGAGUGGAGAUUGGGCUGUCGUCCGCUCGAGCAAGGGGUCUUCAUCUCGGCUCGCGCGUGUAUGCGCCGAAGACAGCGACGCAGAUUCAAGUGGACCCGUUCGCCUGUCCCCUCAACUUCUGCACAAUAUUACUUCGGGCACAGCUCCAACGAGCCAUGAAGUCUGUCUGCGCCCUAGUCCGUUUGGUUCGCAAAAGCCCUCUAUCCCGACAGCCCGCUCCGUUACAAUAGCGCGCGUCGCAUCUCCCAUAUCCACCGAUCGCGCAUACCAGCCGCUCUUCCUCAGAGCACUGCAAGACUACUUCAAAGAUACGACACGCCUCGUCAAGCAGGGCGACAUCAUCACCGUCAAGAUCAACACCGACGAGGUCCUCUGGCAGACGGACGUCGAUCCGAAGGAUGAGGCGCUGAGCGGGGAGAACGAGGCGGCGCUCGAGUACAAGUUCAUGAACGCCGCUGACGCUGCAGACGAGUUGGCAUUCUUCACCGUGACGAACAUAGAGCACCACGUCGUGUCGAGUAACGGCGACGCGUCCAUGCCGGCGUCGGAUGUUUAUUUGGGCUCGGCCGUUGGCGAGCUUGGGUGCUGGGUGGACCCAUCAGUCACUCGCAUGAUACAGACUGGUGUGGAACACGCGAGGGUGCCUGACAUGGCCCGCUACCUAAACAUCCAGGGCUCUGUACCCUUUGCGCCCGUAGAGACCGAAGCGUCGAAUCUCCUCGGGCCCAACAGUGCAUAUAGCAAGCUGCUCGCGCUGACAGCGGCCGCAUUGAAACCACACGCUGUGGAGUAUCAGCUGCAGUUGACCGUGUUGCUGAAGGGCCCAAAGGGGUCUGGAAAAUUCACGACGGCGAGUUGGGUGGUACAACAUCUCGGCAUUCAUCUCUUUGAGGUCAACUGUUACGAGGUUCUGGGCGAGAACGAUGCCAAAACUGAGGGGACCCUUCGGGCACGUUUUGAGCGGGCGGCGUCAUGUUCGCCCUGUAUCCUCCUUCUGAGGAACAUCGAUGCCUUUGCCCAGACGACUCAGGGCCUCGAGCCAGGAAAAGAGCCUAGCAUCGCGAACGCAUUGCAAGAGUGCAUAUCUAGCCUGCAACAAGGGUGGAACUUGACAGGAUAUCCGGUCCUUGUUGUUGGCACGACCAGUGAUCCUGACAAGGUCCCCUCGCGGGUCCUGUCUAGCUUCAAGCACGAGAUCACUCUUGAGGCACCUGGCGAAGCUGAACGUCACGAAAUCCUGAACUCAUUACUACGGAGCCAUAUCGUGGCCCCCGACGUGUCUGUCAAGGACGUGGCCGUGCAAACUGCAGCACUCGUCGCAGCAGAUCUCGUCAACCUCGUAUCGCGCGCACAGGCUGCGGCUGCCGAGCGCGCCGCCAAGGACACCUCAGCAUCAGGUGCAGACCUGUUCUAUGCAGGGAUACCGUUAACUGCGGCCGACUUCGAUGCUUCCUUGAAGGAGUCGCGAGCUGCGUACUCGGAGAACAUCGGUGCACCCAAGAUACCUUCAGUGACAUGGGACGAUGUCGGAGGUCUCGCCCAUGUGAAGGCGGAUAUUCUGGACACUAUCCAGCUACCACUGGAGCACCCCGAAUUCUUCGCAGACGGGCUCAAAAAACGAUCUGGUAUCCUCUUGUACGGACCGCCGGGUACGGGAAAGACGCUCCUCGCGAAAGCCGUUGCGACGUCCUGCGCGCUCAACUUCUUCUCGGUCAAGGGCCCCGAGCUGCUCAACAUGUACAUCGGCGAGUCUGAAGCGAACGUCCGCCGUGUGUUCCAGCGUGCUCGCGAUGCACGUCCAUGCGUGAUCUUCUUUGACGAGUUGGACUCCGUAGCACCCAAGCGCGGCAGUCACGGUGAUUCUGGAGGGGUGAUGGAUCGGAUUGUCAGUCAGAUAUUGGCCGAGCUGGAUGGGCUUUCUGGCGGGAAGGCGGGCGCUGACGUGUUCGUCAUCGGUGCGACGAAUCGGCCCGACUUGCUGGAUCCCGCUUUGCUACGACCUGGCAGAUUUGACCGCAUGCUUUAUCUCGGCGUGAGCAACACACAUGCCGCGCAGCUGAACAUCCUGCAAGCCCUCACGCGGAAGUUUCGGCUCCACCCGGAGCUCAGACUGGAAGACAUCGCAGAACAAUGUCCCUUCCACUACACGGGCGCCGACUUCUACGCCUUGUGUGCAGACGCCUUGCUCAAGGCCAUGUCACGAAAGGCAGAGGAGCUGGAGGCAACUAUUGCCGAACUAAACAGCCAGCCCCCAGAUCCGCGGCACCCAUAUCCUCUCACCCCUCAGUACUAUCUCGCAGAACUCGCAACACCCGCAGAAAUGGAGGUCCUUGUCAUGCAACAAGACUUCACUGCCGCGCUCAAAGAGCUGGUCCCGAGUGUCAGCCAAGCCGAGAUGGAGCACUACGCACAAGUCCAGCAGCGAUUCUCCAAGGAGACGAUAAAUGCGGCAGCAUGACCAAUUCUUCAUUGCCAACACCGUUUGGAUUAUUCCAGGUAUCAUGAAUAGCAUUACGGAAUUAUGGGUCACUGUACUACAUACUUUGCUAUAUCCAACACUCGCAUCUUCAGAACCAACUGCUAGGGUUUAGCCCGAUCUUUCCAAGCACUCCCUUGAAACUUUGAGGCACAUAUGCGCCCAAUGCCAUCGAGGGCGACAGUUUCACGGGUUCUCCGCGAAUGGUCAACCUGUG